UCUAAACCUGGAGUCUCAGUGGAGUGGAAGAAGGGAUCACAGGUCCUGGAGUCUGGAGAAAAGUACCAGAUGAAGCAGAUGGCCUCUGUGCAUGAACUCCUGAUCAACAAAGUUGUGCCAGAAGACAGUGGAGACUACAACUGUGUGUGUGGAGACCAGAAGACCACAGCCAGCCUCAAGAUCAGGGCCCAACCAGUGACCUUCAGACAGAAGCUGGAGAGCCAGGAGGCUGAGGAGGGAGCCAGUGUCACUCUGCGUUGUGAGCUCUCUAAACCUGGAGUCUCAGUGGAGUGGAAGAAGGGAUCACAG